CUGUGGAGGGCGAUGCGAGCAGCCAUCCGCAGGGCAGAACAAUUGCUCGAAUAACAGUGAUCAUUAAACCCUGACAGCUCACUGGGAGGAAAUCUCAAAUCGUUUUCCCAUUUCAUGCCAAAAGAAACUCGUCGCAUUUGGUGGAACUCCGCCACAUUUUGUCCAAUCUGUCUUUCGGGUGGAAGUUGUCUAGCCACCGGGGACUCUCUCUUUCGCAGCCCGGCGAGGACUCAUUUGUCCCCUGCGGAGUGCGGCUCUCUCAUCAGCCCCGAGGAUCCACAGAGCGGGAGUUGCAUUAGGAGAAUAUCGAUGCAAUGAUCCCAAGGUGAGCUGACGUCCUGUUGUUUCAGAGCUCGAUGUUGAGAGGAAAACUCCUCACUGAGAAGCACAAAAUGUCUGCCACUAACAGCCCGCUUAUCCUCGCCCUCCUCCUCCUCUUACUCUCGGAUUACAGCCAACAGGUCCACUCAAACUGUGUGAUCAAGAUGGAGCAGGAGAAAUGCAUGGAAAUGAUGGCCUCGGACGAUCCUGGGAACGAUCCAGACUACGGCUGUCCGUGGAUGUGGGACAACCUGACGUGUUGGCACCCGGCAAAGAUCGGGGAGGUGGUGGAAGUCGACUGUCCCGAGCUCUUCUCUCAGUUCAUCAGCGAAGAAGACUAUGAGCCAGGCAUGGUGAGUCGGAACUGCACUGAGUUCGGAUGGGAUGAGACCUUCCCUCAUUACGUUGAUGCCUGCAUGUCUGAAGAAGGGAACAGUAGCCAUCCGGACAUGUACUUUGUGUCAGUGAAGGCUCUGUACACUGUGGGCUACAGCACCUCUUUAGUGUCCCUCGUCAUGGCCAUGGUCAUCUUGUGCAGGUUCAGGAAGCUGCACUGUACGAGGAACUUCAUCCACAUGAACCUAUUUGUGUCUUUCAUCUUGAGAGCGAUUUCAGUCUUCAUCAAAGACAGCGUGCUGUAUGCCGAAGCAGACAGUGAGCAUUGCUUCAUACACACUCUUGAGUGUCGAGCAGUGAUGAUAUUCUUCCAUUACUGCGUCCUCUCUAACUACUUCUGGCUCUUCAUCGAGGGUCUGUACCUCUUCACUUUACUAGUGGAGACCUUCUUCCCUGAGAAGAGAUACUUCUACUGGUACAUCAUCAUUGGUUGGGGAACCCCCACAGUGUGUGUGACCAUCUGGGCAGUGCUGAAGUUUCACUUUGAUGACAACGGAUGUUGGGACAUGAAUAACAACGCUGCCAUCUGGUGGGUGAUCAAGGGACCUGUACUCGCUUCAAUUAUGGUCAACUUUGUGCUCUUCAUCGGUAUCAUCGUCAUCCUCGUCCAGAAGUUACAGUCCCCAGAUAUCGGUGGAAAUGAAUCCAGUAUUUACCUGAGGUUGGCCCGCUCCACUCUGCUCCUGAUUCCUCUGUUUGGGAUCCACUACACUGUGUUUGCCUUUUCCCCCGAGAACGUGAGCAAGAGGGAGCGUCUGGUGUUUGAGCUUGGACUCGGAUCCUUCCAGGGCUUUGUCGUGGCAGUCCUCUACUGCUUCCUGAACGGAGAGUAUAUCCCUCAAGGUGCAAUCGGAGAUCAAGAGGAAAUGGCGCAGCUGGACGGUGAACAGGUACUUUGCUGUGGACCUGAAGCACCGGCAUCCUUCGCUGGCGAGCAGUGGGGUGAACGGGGGCACGCAGCUGUCCAUCCUCAGCAAGAGCAGCUCGCAGAUCCGCAUGUCCAGCUUGCUGGCCGAGACCCCGGCGACCUGAGUCCCACCGGGGGGGAUGCAGCGCCCUGCAGCGCCGCCAAACCCGAUGCACUCAUCCUCCUCCCCAUGACCAGCCUCACCAACCCGUUCCUCAACCCGUACCCCAAUCCGUACCCGGACGACACCAUGAUAGAAACCCAGCUCAACUCCAGCGACCCAGAACAGCCUCUUGUCUGACCUGCUUUGACCCCAAUUAUGACCCAACCUGAACGUCUGGUGCCAAAUAAUCUCUUCAAGUCCCGAACUCCGGGUUCAGGAGUGAAAAACUUGGUCCACUUCAAAGGGCAUGAUUACGAAUUCUAGUGGAUAUCUAAUGUCCUGUUGGGCGGUUGAUCUCUCUGUAUAUAUUGUAUUACUGUUGUCCGGUGCUACAGUAUUUGCUGCUGUAUCGCACGUGUUGGGGGGGUGGUUUAUUUCUGCAGCCCCCUCACAGUGAUCAUUCCAGUCAGUCUGAGAACGCGUUUUUAAAAACAAUUCUCUAGUUCACCCUUUCUUUAAAAUGUGUUUUUAGACUGUAUCUAUACACUGUAUUGCUCUUUAGAUGCAGGCUUCCCAGCUGCCAUGCCAUUUGAAAUGGUUCCGUUAUUCAUGUGAACACCGUAAAGGGAAACUCUGCUGAUUUUACACAUUAAGUUUAUCCCGUUGAGGACUGAAAAGGAUAACCCUUAGCGAUGGCAGUGUGAUGACAUCAGAGUUAUUUUAGCUAAAGCUUGGCAUUUAGCCUUUUUAUGUGAAAACCUGAUUUAUAAAAUGAUGGCAUGCUGUCUAAAAGAGUCAGUUUUCCUGUGUAUUACACAGAGUUUUCUAGAGUUUCCCCCUCAAAUUCUUGAUAUCCCGGCUGCUAAUAUUCUGACCCGCCCUGAUGUACAGUAGAUACCUUAACUGGGACGUUUUUUAUAAAUAUGUUGACGGAAAUGUAAGAAUGAAGGUUCAAGCUUAAGUCAGUGUUAGAAAUUUGAACUUCUCACCAUCAAAUCAAUGUUAUUUAUUGAGCUCAAACAUUAUGGACCCCAGGUCAUACCCACACUUAUUGAACACAUUCAGACUAUUCCCCACUACUGUAACAAGCCUUUGUUUCCUGUGUAAACUGUGACUGAUGUAAAACAAAGAGAUGAAGACAAACAGGCUGAGGAAUGUCGAAGGUGAAAUUUCACCUGGAUCUAACAAGGUGGAGAAAAGCAGUAUUUAUGAGAAGGACAUCUUUUUUCCAUUUAUGUGAAUUGCCAAAAAGAGAGAAAAAAACAUACCAGGGUUAAAUAAUGAUAACUAUUCUUCAGAUGUCUUCGCAGUGCUGAGGUUUGCCGAUGACGACCACAAACCUCUCUUUUAAAUCUCAGCACUGGAAACUUGACCUCUGAGAGGAAUACUUUUGGAGUGCGUCUGUAGUUUUAAACAGCCGUUAGUACAGAAAAUGUCAAUGAUACUCAUGGAAGAAAGCAUCAUGAGUUCAACUGCUUGCAUGAACUUGCAUUUAUUGUCCAUGUGAUUUAGUGUUACUUUUUUGGUGAUAAUUCAGUGGUGUUAAAGUUUAUUUUUCUUCAAGAAAUGUAUUUCGGGCUGUUGUGGAGGCUAUGCGCUGUAAUACAGAUUCUCUUGUCACUUUGUAAAGCCAAGCCUCUUCAACAGGGCUCCUACAGGACAUUUCAACAUUGUACUUGACCAUCAGAAAGCACUUCACUGCUUUUUGGAGAAGAUUUCCAGAUUUGUUUCUGAAAAAAACGACCAUAUGAAUAAUCAGUUUUCAUUCUGAUUAAUGAGGGCUUCUUCAGACAAAUCCCUCGUACCAGUAUCUCUAUGUCUUUCAGCAGUUUGCAACUCUCGUGGCAUUUGCUCUCUUUACGCUUGAAGACAAGCACAUAGUCGUUACUCUUUGUGGGGACUUUUAAAUCGGGGGUAAUACUGUAACUCCAAAGACCAAUUACUUGACUUUUUGCACGGCCGUAUCUGUUUGCGAAGGCUGUGUUAGCUUUGCAUUCGAUGUCAUUGCUGAUGUUUCUUUUGGUCUGACUAUCCUCUAAAUCCCUACGUUCUACUCUUUUGUCUCCAAAAGUGCCUUUAAGCACCAAACAAGUAUUUUAAUUUGUCCUUUUUCAUUUCAAAACGAAUCUGCAAAGAAUAGAACGUGGUUGAACAAAGUGCUUUUAUGAUGCUUAAGACUAAAUCAGUAUUUUAAACCUGGAGGCCUUCGAAGUACUUUAAGUUGUCUUUGCUAAAGAUGAACAAAACAUACGACCGAUUGGUGUUUUAAAUAAAGCAACGCUACAGACUAACUACGUCAGUGACUGUACAGUAUAUUACAUGAACACAUUAAGAAAUAGGUUUUAGUUCCCCUACACAUCCUUCAUUUUUACUUCUUAGCGGAAAAGGGAAAGUUAAACAGUCACGCACCUGAACCUCUUUUCUUUCUUUUCUUUAUGAAAUCCUAGUAUUGUUUAAUUCUUCAAAAUGUUCCCUAAAUACGAGUCCAUAUUUGAAAAGACAGAAAUAAUUUGGUCUAGCUGCAAUUGUAUUUUAAAAGACAAACUAGAGCUGAAAUCGUUGAUUUACAUGUACUUACUGUUUCAUCUUUGACUCCACAUUAUUUAUGACUGAUAAUAAUUGUAACGGACGUCUGCUCAGCCGAGCAUACACUAUCAUCAAAUAUUGAGUUUUCUGCUCUUUAAAGUCACACAAAAACAUUGUUUUGGUAAUUUGCAGAUAAAGAGAUGUCAAGUACGGAGUCCUAAAGGUGACAAAAUGUUGUUAAAUAAUAACACUUUUUUAUAGAUAGAAAAAAAUAACAAAAUUAUUCAAGCGUUUACUUUCUCUGGGAUCAACCUGGGUUUAAGGUUAUGAGUCCAGUUACCCCCAUUUUCCAUUUGACAUUUUACAGUUAUCUUAAAUGUAAAACAUUUGUUUUGUCUCUUUCUUGGCUUAUGGCCAACACUUGAAACAUGGAUGUAGGGAGAUGGUAAAGCAUCUCUAAAACCAUAUCUGUGAAAAGAGAAACAUAAAUGAUUUAGGAGGCGCUCUAUUAUUGACAGAAUAUUAUCCUAUGUUCCUCAAAUUAUAAUUUUUUUGGAGUAAACAUCUCAUUUAUCGUAGCAGUAAAUCUUAACGCCCUUACUUUCCCUUCUCAAUUCGAUUUUUGUUCAGUUUUGCUCAGAAUGUCAACUCAUCUCUUGACCUGCAAAUUGCCAAAAUGCAUUCCUUCUUGGGAGUCCAGACCAUGACAAAGAAGGGCUGACCUGAAACUGUAUUGGUCUGCUGUGUGUAUUCAGAGUGACAUGCUAUAAUAAGUGAAGGGCGUGACAAUCACGACCCACUCUACUUCGGUCAAAUAUUCAGUUAAAUUCAUCACAGACAUUUUUGACAAUCUCACCGGCACAUGCGCCCACUGCUUUUGACAUAUUUCUAAAUUAUUUCCUUUAGUGUUAAUAUGGGAGUUGGAGCCUUAUAUUGCCAGUACUAUGUUGAUGUCAGACAAAGAUGUUGCUAUUAUUAAAAGAGUAAAUAUUCAUUUGAGCCUGUUGUUUUUGAACUAUGAAGUAGUUAGUUGAAGUGUUUGAAAAAAGGUCUGUAGCCAACCUUUGUGACUAAAUAAACUGCAGUUUAAAUGUGCGAGACAGAAACAAGCUGCUGACGUUGUUCCUUGUAAAUGCCGUUUUCUGUGGUUCAAAGUGAAUAACUGUCAUUUAAAAACGUUGCGCUGUGAUAGUUUUCCUAUAUUUCAUUGUUUUUUGGUAAUGGUGAUCGUGUUUGCUUCAACUAUAAAGCCUCCUGUAAUGCCUCUGUACUCUCUAAAAGGCUGAUGCAUGCGCGUAAAAUCGUUUUGACCUCAUUUUGACCGGCAGAUGUAAUAACAAAGAGAGGAACAAGCUUUCAGGCCAUUAAGGGAAUCUGAGCUGCUUGCUUGUUUUUAAAUGGAUGAGGCAAUUAAUGAGCUCGAACAUGCAUAUUGUGUUUCAACUGUGAACAAUUAUCAAAUAGGGCCCAUGGAAUACUUUUCCUUUGAUUGUAAUCUUUGCAGACAUGAGGAAAAGUGAAGUGCCAUAAAAACCGUCUGUACUCUUUGAUUUUUACUUUAUAGCAUGACCUGUUUUCAAAUGUUUUUCCUUUUCAGCUUUUUAAAAGUGGUUAUCUUUAUUGAAAUGCUUAUUUGUGACGGUAGCCUGUUAGAAAUAAAAAUAAAAAUGGGGCUCAGCACUUUGUGUACUAAUGGCUGAAUGUAAAAGUAACCUAAAGCACUCCGCUGCGAGCCUGCUAACGUUUGCUCAUGAGCUCUCUUUUCAUUUGAUCUAUUUCACUGCACAGUGCACCAUUUAAUGUUGUUUUGGUGUGCACAAGAGAUGAGUUUCUUUUGUACAUUAUGGAAGUAUCGACAAUAAAUGUUUUUAACUUGUUGGCUUAAUGUUGUUUUGUGUUGUAAAUACUCACAAGUGUUUUGGUUUGAAGGAUAAGGCUGGUGUUAUAAUAAGUUUUUUAUGUGAGGAAAGCCUGUGAAACUACCAACAUCAACAUGUGUUAGUCCACCUCAGUACUUUUCAUUUCCUCUUCCCUUUUUAAAUCUUUAAAAUAACUUCAAAAUAUCCAUUGUGAAAAAGACUCAGUAAGCAGCCAGUCGAUUGAGUUAGCAACUGCCUCUCAAACAGGAGGAAGCAGUGCAUCGUUUGGGUUUGGGACUAUUUUCAGGGGCGGAAGAAUCCACAUUUGGUGAUUUCCAGUUUAUAUGUGGCAGCAGAACAGUGUAUUGGGAAUAAGUGUCAAAUAAACUACAAUGUGUGUGUAAAUGGUAA